AACAACUUCAAACCAGAGAAGCGAGAACAGCGAGACAACAAAAAAUGCAUUCAACGAUUACCAAAUUAUACAUGUAUUCUCAUCUUUAAUUUAAAUAUCUGUGUCAAUUAAAAGGUUAUGUAUUAGAAGAUAAAAAUAAACAAAUAAACGAGGACUUCCGGAGCCGAGGCCGCUGUGGUCUCGUUUCACCGAAGACGGAAGUAGACGGGAGCGAACCCUCUCGCCGCGCUCGAACGCUCUUUGGCCAGAGACGGAGCAGCUGUCAGUGCACAGCACAGAGCGUCACGACAGGCAGGACAGGAGGCUUUGUUGACGGACCGACGCGUUAAAAAUGCAGCUCAGCGACAAUUUAUGUACUCUGUCACACUGGUGGAUGUGCAAUACGUGUCAGGUCUCAAACGACAUCAUCUAGCGGAGGAUACUGACUUUUCCUCCUCGAGUGUUUUUUUCCCCUCUUCUUCUUUCUUCUUCUUCUAGUCUUCGCAGUGUUGUCGUCUGCUCGGCUCUCACUGGUCCAUCCGACAGAAACAUGAGUAACGUUAAUCUGAUUUUUUGGGACCAGUUGCAGGCUGGCAGCUCCGAGGUGGACUGGUGUGAAGGCAAUUACCUGAUAUACCCCAGCAUCGCAGAAUUUUACAACACGAUCAGCAACAUUUUGUUUUUUGUUUUGCCGCCCAUAUUAAUGUGCUUGUUCCGCCAAUAUGCAACACAUUUCAACAGUGGGAUCUACCUCAUAUGGAUUCUGCUGGUUGUGGUUGGCAUCGGAUCGACGUAUUUUCACGCCACCCUGAGCUUCCUCGGCCAGAUGCUGGAUGAGUUGGCAAUACUCUGGGUGCUGAUGUGUGCCAUCGCCAUGUGGUUUCCCAAGAGAUACCUGCCCAGGAUGUUCAGGAGGGAUCGGUCAAGGUUCAAAGUGGUCAUAGGCAUCUUGUCAGGGAUCACCACUGGGCUGGCCUUCGUCAAACCCGUCGUCAACUCGUUGUCACUCAUGACCCUGGGCAUCCCCUGCACCGUACUGCUCAUCACUGAGCUGAAAAGGUGUGAAAACCCCCGCGUGUUCAAGCUUGGCCUGGUCUCAGGGAUCUGGUGGGCACUGGCUCUGCUCUGUUGGAUCAGUGACAGGAUAUUCUGCGAAAUGUGGUCAUCUGUCAACUUUCCCUACUUACACUGUGCUUGGCACAUCCUCAUUUGUCUGGCUUCCUACCUGGGCUGCGUUUGCUUCGCCUACUUUGACGUCGCGACCGAGGCCCCGGAGCGAGGACCCGUCAUCAUGUUCUGGCCCAACGAGAAAUGGGCCUUCAUCGGCGUGCCCUACGUUUCCUUACUCUGCGUCCACAAGAAAUCUGCCAUCAAGGUGACUUAAGCCUGCUGCUGAACGCUUCCCCCACCAGGAUGUGUCCAAGCAGUCGGGCCGUGUCCACCGGUGCUCUCGUGACUGGGUGAUGUAGCACGUAGGUCUAAACGUGAGGAUUUAUGUUUUCCUUUUACUGUCCCUGGUCUGGUUCUCACUACACAACAGUGUUUAUGCAACUCUGUCAAAGAACAAAAGGUGUCGUAAAUUUGUCUUAACACGACACUGAGUGGCUUCUUAAAUAGUCACAGUAUCAAAGCCAAGAAAACCUUUACAGUGUACUCAGGCUUUUCACAGGCGAUCUUGUCAGUAUUAGUGUUAUGCAUCAGGCUUCUCUAAAGAGGAGAUUUUGUACAUUUUGUACUAAUUGAAAAAACCUCAUUAUAAAAGCAUUAUACUGCCUUUAUAAACGUAAAAAAAAACCCAGCAUCUCAUAGAUGCAGUCUGGCCAUCAUGAAACCAGAAACAACAAAGCACUGGAUUCAUUAACUGUGAUCAAUGCGUUAAGUAUCAAAGCUUCAUGUUGUGUUGCUUAUCUGAUCUCACUAUGCUCAACACAGCGGUUUAUGUUAAAGUAGUGUUAUAAGAAGGUAUUUAACACCAAGCCUUGUGUGUUUUAAAGAAAUACAUAAUGGAGUCAUUUAAUUUAAACCACCAGAAACACUAUAGGCUUCUUUGUGUCAUGGGUGUGCCGUGUUCCACUCCCAGCAUGCCGUUGUGAUUGUUCAAGAUAGUAUAUGAGAAAUGUGUUUAAUAUAUUCCUGUAUAUAUUUAGUUAACUAACAAUGUAAUAUGCAGUUUAUUUUCUGUAUCAUUCAUAUGUUAUUGAAUGAAUAAGGUACCCUUUGAUAUUGGCCAAAACCAAAAGUAAAAAAAAAAAAAAAACACAGAAUGUGAAAUUAAGAUGCGUUGAAAUAUUCAAGGAAAUAAUUACUUAUUUUGCACAAAAUGAAGAAUGGUUCGCAAAAUCCUAUGGCUGAAUACGUGCUGCGUAGCGUUUCAGAACAUGAUGAGUGCAAUUAUAACUCAGAUAUCUGCUUGCUUAUGUACGGCUUUUAAUGCUUCAUUUUUUCUCUCUCACCCAGGCGUCUCAACUCUCAAAGGAUAAGUUCACCCAAAAAUGAGAAAUCAGUCAUUAUCUACUCACCUUCAUGCUGAUGGGAAGUCAGGUUUGUAGUCAGGUGAAGGUUUCUGGAGUCUCACAGCAAAACAGCAACGCAGCAUUCUCUUAUAAAACACAAACAACACAAAAAUAAAACAUAAAAUGGCUCGUUACAGCAUUAUCCAGGUCUCAAGAGGCUUCAGGGUCCCAUAUUGAUUUUUAAAAAGACAUUAUUUAUACCCAUUUCUAAGCCAAAUUCUUCACUAUCGCUGCUAAGUUAGAAGCGUCAGCAUCCCGUCUGAAGUGGGUGCACGAGAGCAACCACACGUGAACCACUUUUGGGCUCUUGCGGUUUUUUUGGAGAAUUUCAUUAUGCCGGACAAGCUGUAUGGAGCCAUUUUAUAUAUUUUUUUUGUAAACAAGUCCCCAUCUACUUCAGUUGUUUAGGAGACUGCUGCAAUGCUGUUUCACUGUGAAGCUCCAGAAAUGUCUUGUUGACACACAAACUUCACCUGACUUUCCAUCGCAAUGAGGGUUAGAAGUAAAUGACUGAAUUUUCAUUUUUGGAUGACCUCACACUUUGAAUUUUUAUCAGGGUUAUUUAUUUUAGGUUCAGUGCUUUUGUGCUAAACAUCAUCAAAACUAUAAAAACUGUGCAAAAAGCCUUAAUCAAACGGGACUGUGGAUUUAAUAGGCAAAAGAAAGGACGGUUGUAUCCUUGUGUCAUGUGUCAUAAACUCUAAAAGGGGAAAUGCAGUGUAAUGAUUGCAUUUGAUAACAAAUAGAAAAAAUAGGCUAAUGGUUGUGGUUGUGGGACAGAUUAGGUUUGAUUACUGUGUUCAUGACACUGAAACAAACAGAAAUUCUGCGUGCAGAAUAUAAAAAGGGAAGUUUGUUGCAAAGUUAAACAAGACAAGGAGCACCAAAGCUUUUUUUCACCACAAACCAUUGUUGUAGAUGUUCUCGAAAACUGCCUCAAGCUGUUUGACUAAUAUUGUUUUACUCGUGUCCUCCUGCAGAGGCUUCUGGGAACUCAAACUGCUAAAAUAACUCAUGAAGGGUCAAAUGAAAGAUCAUGAUUUACAAAGAAGUAGAACAAAUAUUUUUUUUUCUGUGAUUCUGAAGUGGUAUUUUUUAAUAACAUGAAGUAUUUUGUGAAAUCCAAAAACCAUUUAUAUUUUUGUAAAUGACGUGUAGCCAAAUUUGAAGAAUGAUUUUUGAUAUUGCAUGAUUACUACCUUUGUAUCGCCAAACAUUCUUUAAAAAUUGUUUUUUUUUAUGUUAUCUUCAGGAGAAAAUACAGACAGUAUUGACAAUGUGAACAAAACUGUUGAUGUGCCCAAGAAUGCUUAGAUUGUGCUGCAAAUCCUAUUGAAUCAUGCGUCUGAUCCAUGAUGAUGGAUUGUUGGUAUGAAUUCAGUGAGUCAUCCUCAGAUUGAAGGAGUGUGUGUGAACAGGACAGCCGGGUCUGACGCUGCCCUCUGCAUCGUGAUAUUUGUCUUGGCAUGAGGUUUGAUUAUGAUCUCAUAACAGUGAGUAAUGUCCUAUUUAUGGACUUACAUGUGUAUAUUAAUCUCAGUUUGGUUUUUUUCUCUGCUUGCAUUGACAAUACAGACAAACUGCACAGAGGUAUUUAUUUUCAUAAUUUAUCCUGUUUUGUAAACCAAUGUUUGUAAUAGAUUAGAACAUUAGUACUUUAUUUUAUUUUAUGCAAUAAACCAAGUUAAUGCUCAAACUGA